AUGAAUACCCCUCAGGAUCAAGAAAUGGCUCGACGCUACAUCCCGCAUUUAAUUGAUGUGAAACCGGAUAUAGCUAGAGAGUAUACCAUUACAGAUCUACUUCAUAAAAUUGAUCCGUCGGCUUCAAUAGACCCAUUAGCUGAAUCUUUAAUAUUAGAUAUUGCAGAUGACUUCAUUGAUACAAUUGUAACAUUAUCAGCAGAUGCUGCAAAACUUAAUAACAAACAAACAUUAACGGCAGAAGAUGCACAUUAUACUAUUACGAGUAAAUUCGGCGAUACGUCACCAGGUUCUUCAAGUUAUGGUUCUAGAACACAGCGUGGUUGUAUACCAUCCGAAAAUCAUACAAAGAUUCUAGAAAUGAUUGGAAAAUUUGAAUAA